AAUAGGGGAAGGAACUCCUUCAGAAAAAUACCGGACUCAUCGCCAAAGUUAAAGUUGCAGAUUAUAUUAAAUAGUUUGAACUAGAAAAACGACUGGAUAUUAAAGCAACAUUUCAAAGAUUAGAACAUGGAAGCCAUUUUCUUCAUGUGAAUUACAGAUUUAGAAGACAAGUUGGAUCUAUUGAAUUCUGGUUAAAUGCAGCUUUAUUGCUUUGCAGAUCUUUAGGACCAGAAAAUGAGUAAAUGAUCUGAAAAAAUGGAAGAGGAUAUCAAAACUUCAGGGUCAGAUCAGGACUUCAAGGCAAUUAAAGAAUCACAAAAUGAUUCCAACAUGAAUGCUGAAUCUAAUGCAAUAAUGAAUGGAGAUACAGUAGAUGGAGGUAAUGAUGUGCAGAACACAAUAGGAGAUGGUGAAGGAGAUGGAGCAGAAAACAUUUCAGAAAACAAAUCUGAAUCCAUUACAUUCCCAUCUGAAAUGGAAACCAUUUCUGCAGAAAAGUCUGAAUCCAUAACAACACCAUCUGAAAUGGAAAGCAUUUCUGCAGAUAAAUCUGAGUCCAUUUCAACCCCAUCUGAAAUGGAAAGCAUUUCUGUUGAUCAAUCUGAAUCCAUUACGACACAAUCUGGAAUAGAAAGCAUUCCAGCAGAUCAAUCUGAAUCCAUAACAACACCUUCUGAAAUGGAGAGUGUGUCUGGUAUAGACCAAUCUGAAUCAUUGUCAACAAAAAGUGUGGCUGAAAAAGAUUGUGAAGAUGAAGGUAUGGAAACAGAUGCUGAUGUAGAUGAAAGUUUACCUGAAGAUAGCAAAUUGGAUAAGGAAAAUGGGCAGGUAAAAGAAAGUAAAAAGACUGAUGAUGAUCAUGAUGAUGACAAUGUAAAGAAUACUGAAAAUUUGAACGGUAAAGGUGAGGAAGAGGAUAAAAUUCAAUACAAUGAGAAGGAUAAAAUUGAAGAUGUUGAGGUAGAAACAGUUAAAGCGAGUGGAAAAAUUAAAAGCACUGAACCAAGUGAGGAUGAGGAAGAAGAAGAAAAUAAUCUAACAAUAGAUGAAGGUCAGGGGGAUAAAAAUAAGGAUAAAUUAUUGAAGGAAAGUCAUGUCAUGGAAGAUUCCCAAAAUGAGACUAAAGAUGAAAAUGAGAAAAAAGAUAUUUCUGCAGAGUUAGAUUCAUCGACUGGUGAAACAGAAUUUAGUCAGUUCCUGUCAAAAACUCCUCAUGAAUUAGAAGAUGCUGAAAUGGGAAUCAUUAUCAAUGACAAAGAUAUCUUGAGGCCAGAGGAUGUUUUUGGAAGAGGAAAAAGAAGUCGAACACCUAAAACUGACAAUAUUUACACUAGUGAGUUUGAGGCUGAUCCUGAUUAUAACCCAAAGGAUGACAUGAGAGCACAGAGAUUUAUGAGAGAAUCAAGAACAAAGCAAGCUAAACAAUUAUCUGAUGCGACUAUUAUUACUACUACAACAAGCAGAAGUAGAACUGGCUCACCGAAUACAAGUAUAGCUAUAGGGACACCUCUGAAGAAGCCAAAAUAUCCCAACCUUGAUAUUAAAUCAUUAGAACUUCCAGGAGAAUAUGGAUGGACAAGAGAGAUUGUAGUAAGAAAUACAUUUGAUGAUAACAAGAGAAGGCCUGCCGACGUAUAUUAUAAACCUCCUGUUGGUAAGAAAUUGAGAUCCAUGGUAGAAGUUUCAGCUCACUUGAGACAACACAAGAUUUCAGACCUUACAGAAAACAAUUUUUCCUUUAUAAAAACUCCUAUCAGUAGUGCACCAUUUGAAAGUGUAAGAAAUGCUGGCAAACCACUAAAAAUAGGAAAGAAAAAGCCAGAAAUUGUUAUAGAGAAGGAUUCUGAUGAGCCUGCUAUUCCUUUCAAUGGGGCCUCCAGUGAUACAGAAAGUCCAUCAGUAAUAACUAAGUCACCAAGAGGUAGAAAGAGAAAACAUUCUGUUGGACCUGGAAGACCAGCAAUAUCUACUAUCAUUAUAAAACAGACAAAAGAUGGGGUACCUACAAUAGAGAAGGAGGAUAAGAAAGAUGAAAAAGUACCAUUUAUGUCAGAAAUGCAGCUGCAGAUAAAGACAGAACCUGUUGACCCUGACGAACAAGAUAAAGAGGCUGCUAAAGAGGCAACCUUCCCAGAAUGCCCUCCGACAUUAGAAGAGACUAGAACUUCUCCUUCUAUGUCACCACCAAAAAAGAAGUUUUUUAAAUCAAAGGGUACAGCUAGGAAGAGUACAACACAGAAAUCAUUUAAGGCAGCAGUUAGUCCGGAGAGGUCAGAAAGGAACAAACUGGAAACACUAUGUAACUUAAACUGUCCAGGACUGACCGGUCAGCCUCCAACAUUGCAGUGUAAUGUCUGUCUUUGUAUGUUCCAUCCUAAAUGUGUAAAUCUGGGCCAAACUGUUGACUCAUUUAUAUGUUUGAGAUGUAUCAACAAGGCUUGUUCCCCUGGACCUGAUGGUUUGAUGAAUGUACAGUCUCCAGCUUUGUUAAACUGUGUCAAUAUAACACCAGGGCCCAGGUUAACACCUGUAAAUGUAGCCCCAAAAUUGACUCCAACCUCUGGUUAUUUGCCGUUAAAUAAAAUUUUAACUAAAGCAUUAUCUAACACAACAAACUUGAACUCUUCCACAUCAGUUGCAACAGUAUCUCCAUCCUCAACAACAAGUUCUGGCGGAAAUGUGAAGAUUAAAAAAGAACCAUUUGAUCCUUAUGAGAAUGAAUUACCAGGUAGUGGAGCUAGUAGUAGUGUCCUUGGAAACGUUAGAGAUUUUCUAGAGAGGAAAGCAUCAGAUAUUAAUCAAAAUCAAUCAAGCUUAAAAUAUCCUGUAUUGAAAGAAGGAUUACAGAAGCCACCUCUGACUGCUUCUACCACCACCCAGAUGAUGUAUAUACCUGUUACAACAUCUGGACCAUUGAUAUCAAGUUCACUCUUUCGUACAAGUCUUCCGAUGGGUAGUAUUCCUGCCCCAAUGGUCUACAACUCUAUACCAGGAGCUGCCGUACGACCAAUGGUAUAUCCUUCAUUGAAACCUGUGGCACCGAUAGUUCAAGAUUUCAGUAAACCAGCUCCAACUCCACAACUGUCCAUAUCAUCACCAGUAUCAUUACAGCCUCCACGUCUUAUUGCUGCUCCAGGAACAAAAUCUCAUACACCAUCAGGACUUGAUAUGAAUGGGGUCAAACAAAGUGAAACUAACAAACAAGGACAGUUACUCACACUUCCACCUGCAGUUAUCAAACGUUUGAAUUUGACUCAACCUGUGUCUCUGAAAAUUAACAACACACAAGUGACAGUGCCGCCAUCCUCUUUUUUACACACUGCGCAAGGACUUAAACUGUUUCUACCUAAAAAUACUUUCCCCGUCAAUACAGGAGAAACAGCCAAAUUGAGUGUGACUGUUACAAAUGAUAAAACAUUGAGUUUAGAUACAGAUUGUGGUAGUGGGCAGCUUCCAACGAUAGUCCCAAAUUCUAGUCGUACUUUGGCAGAAACACCAACUGAGUCUCCUAAAACUAGACAAUUUAAAUCUGGUAUUAAUCCAGCAAGUUGUUUUAUCCAGUCAUUAUAUGGAGGUUUUGACUGCAUGUUAUUAAUAUUCAAUUAUCUGAAUGUUAGAGAUCUUUUCAGGGUUGCUUCUGUUUGUAGGACAUGGAGAAAAUUAGUAAUGCAUCCAUGUUUGUGGAGAGAAGUAAACUUUAGAAAUAUGAAGAUAUCAGAUUGGGAAAAGGCAGCUAAAUAUCUUUCCAGGAGAGCAGUAGAAAUUCUGGAUUUGCGGGGAGUAAGCCAUUACGAAGAUAGAAAUAAAACAUGGCACCAGCUAAUUUCUAACAUCCACCUAUUUACCUGUGUUCAUACAAUCCACUUUGGUGCAGUGCCUGGUUCAGUGUUACAGGCUCUAUGUGAGAAGACCACACAGUUAGAAGCCCUGACAGCAGAAUGGAUUAGUGACUCCACAAAUGAACAAAUGAAGACAAAUCCAACAAAGAUAGAUAUAGGGAAAUUUUCAUCUUUAUCUGACUUAAAAUUACUGAAAUUAAGAGGCAUUUCUGGUCUUGCUCUUCCAGCAUUCUCAUUUAGUGGUGGAAUAAGUGAGCUCAAAUCAUUAAAACAUUUGCAGAAACUAUCAUUAACAACUUUAAAGGACUUUGAAUCUGAUAAAGAAUUAGAAUUCCUAACAUUGUUACCAAAUCUGAUCCAUCUGGAAUUAGGAGACUGUACAGCAUGGACACAAGAGACAUACUCAAUGAUCAGUAAAUUGACAAAAUUGCAGACAUUAAGAUUAGAAUGUGGAGGAAACAGUUAUGAGACAGGUUUACCUGACGCUCUGAGUAAUCUUACAAAACUAGAAAACCUUGAAUUAAUAGAGUUCCUGAUACCUGAGAACUUACACAAAACUUUAGAGAAGCUGGAGAAACUGAAAUCCCUGACUGUGUGGCCAGACACAUCAAAUCAGCCUGCAGCACAGGUCAAUUCCUAUACUCUAAGCACAGUAUCCAAGCUUAAAUCAUUACAACAGUUAGAAUGGGGAAUACUAAGCAAUAAUAACUCUUCCAUUAUCUUAGACGGUGAGGAUAUGAACAAACAGAAAACACAAAACAACCAGGAAUGGAUUCCAUUCUUACCAGCUUCUGACAAUGGAUAUGAUGCUUUAAGUGAAUCUUUGACAGAAUAUAUCAGUCUGGUUAACUUCAAAGAGAAGUUGACAAAACUCUUGCCAAGUACUAAGUUAAAUGUGUUCAGUGCACAGUCCAUCUCUAGAGAGGAAGUGGAUAGCUGAUUAGUUAAUUGAUUCCAGUUUUAAUGUUUAAUUUGUUUACAUUUGCACACAUUGUUUACUGAAAUAGAAAAUGUUAAAGUUUUUAAUUUAAAAAAAAAUAAUUAGAUAAUGUUUAAAAUGGGUGCUUUAAUUAGGAACAAAUCUGUUUUUAUGCUCUUUUUUUCCUCCUCAGUGCUGUAGAUAGAAGUGAUAAGUGCUUUCAAAUGGUUGCCAUGACUGAUAAAUAUUUUUCUAAAUAUCUGUACCGUAAAGUGGUUUAUUUUGAGGAAGAAUGUUCUUAUUCCUUAUUUUGAGAUUAAAUUAAUGUAAAAAUUGUGUUCUUUGUAUCUCAGUAACAAAAUUACCAAAACUAAACUAUUCAAACUUUACAAUAUGUACCUUUAUAACAGAAAGGAUUUUUUUUACUUUUUAUUUAUUGUUUUUUCUUUCAUUUUUUUGUUUAAUUAUUUAGGUUAUGCAUUGAAACUGCAAUUUGUAUCAUGGAAAUAAUUUCUGUCUACAGAUUUAUAGGUUUAAAUUAAGGUUAACUAAUACACAGAGAAGAAAAUUGUGCCAUAAUACAAUAAAAACUAGAUUUAUUAUCAAAUAUUUAUUUACAUCAAAAUAGGUCAACAUAGCAGCAACUAUAUACUCUUCAACUUUCCGAGCCAUAACCAGUUGCCUGAUUUACAAAAUUAAUCAAUUGAGACAUGUUAUAUUCUGGAAGCAGUGUAGAUUUUUUUUGCAUAUUCCAUGUCAAAUAUUUCAAUUUACAUUUAAUUAUCAAGAUUUUUUUAAGUGAAUUAUGAAAAACUUGUUAUAUUUUUUCACUUUUGGUUCUAUUUAUUAUUCCACAAAUUUGAAUUAUGAUUCAUGUUUAUGCUAUACAUGACACUUGUUUUAAACAAUACAAGAUAUAUGUAGAAAAAAAUUGAUGGGAUGUGUUCUUUCAACUUUAAAUUUUUGUUCCCACAAUAAGAUUGAACCUUUGAACUUUUGUUACCAUGUUAAUAUUGAAUCUUUGAACUCUUGUUCCCAUGGUAAGAUUGUACAUGUAACCUCUAAUUCCCAUGGUAUGUUUGAACUGUUGACCUCUUUAUCCAAGGGUAAGGUUGUACAAGUGUUUAUUGUUUGUAAUUCAUAAAAAGAUGUUCUGUGAAAUAUAAUUUCAUGGUAGCAUGUUUAUUAUAGAAUAGAUUAUCAAUGAUUCUGAUAAGGAUAAAUAGUUUCUUAUCUAUACAGUAACGAGUUUUAUCGUAGGGAUGAGCUCUUGGAUUAGAUCUUGCAUAGAAAUGUCCUCAAGUUUGAAAGACCUCAGUUAAUAUGUUUAUAACUAUAUUCCUAGACAACGUCAAUAACAGUUGGCAAAUGGCAUCAUCAGAUUCUCAGUUCUAGAUGGAAAAAUAUUUCUCAAUUGGAUAUUGUUAGAUUGAUAAAAAUAUGGCAAUAUAACAUCUAUUAAAUGAUGGAUAAAAACUUGGUCAAUAAAAAUAAAUUGAUCUUCUAAAAUAUUACUCACAAUUGCAGUUGCAGGAUAAAUUAUUUAAUGUUUUUAAAUAUCAGCUGUAUUUGAACUUGACUUGAAACCAGUUAAAUGCUUGUUAAAGCUUACAUUUUUUCUUAGUUUCAUUCAGCUUAUAUUUAAAGACACUAUACAUAUAAAAUUAUGUCUCCUUAACUUCUAGAUUUGACCUUAGGCCUGUCUUCAUAGUUAUAAAGCUGAUCAUUGCAGAGAUUAAGUAGAGGAAGGUUUAGUUCAUGUGCAUUAUUACAGAUGUUGAUAAGAUGUACUGUAUUUUUGUUUUACAUCUAACGUUACAAACAUUGUUGUUGUUUCAAUUUUUAUGUCAGUUGAACAAUUUUUGACAAAGAGAUUAUCAUGUUGUAACAUAUUGUAAAUAACUUCACACUCAUCAUAAAUAUUUGUGCAACAUUAAGCUAGAAGAGAGAUAAUACAAGCUUUUGCCAUUAGUUAUUUCUUUGUAUGACACUAUUCUUUAUUUGAGUCUCUCCAUUAUAUUAUUUGCUCUGUCUUUUAUUCUUCUUUUUUUUUCAUAAUUUUAUCCAAUCACACACUUUCACAUAAAUGAAUCAUUAUACUCAGUUAUGUCAUUACAUUAUCAUCAUCAUUGUAUAGUCCAUUGUGUAUAAGAUGAAGCAAAUGAUUUUCCAGUGCGUGUUAACAGAUAGUUGUCAGGGUUGCACAAAAAAGGGGGUAAUGGGGUUGGCAGGUAAAAGGGUGUGUAAGGGAACUUUUUGGCAGGGGAAAAAAGUUCAUAUUUUGACUAAUCUACUCUGACACUUUUCAACCCAGAUGUUUGAUAGACAUGAACAAAUUGAACACAUAUUGAAAUUUUGUAUCAAUUAUAUCAUGAAAUAUUGUUUUGAUGUUUUUAUUUACCAUUUAUUUUGCAUCUUUGUCUUUUUUUUUCAACAAACAUAUUUCAGCAAGCUCAUAAAGUUUGCACAUUUAUGAUGGUGUUUUUUUUUUACAGAUUUACUUUCCCAUUUUUUCGUACCUUCAUAUAUGUUAUUUAACUUUCCAUUUAAGACAAUUCUUCAUUAAUUUUAAAAGAAACAUUCUCAACCUUAGACCCAUUAUAUUCAGAUCAUUUAUGUUGAAUUGUGAUUUUUUUUCUGCCUAAAAUAGGUUUUAAAAAUAUAUAAUUUAUAUUUUAUGGUCCACAUUUAACACUACAAAUCUAUGCAUACUUUGCAAUUAUGGUUGAUUCAUGAUUUUGUUUUUAAAAAAAUAGAUCAAAACUUGUGUUUAAGUAAUUCUAUGAAUUUGACUAAAUGCUACAUAGUUGACAUUUAAAGACCAAUAGUUGAUCAGGUCAUUUCUAUUUUGAUGGUCACAAAAACUGGUUUAAAUUUCAUUAAAAUUCAUUAUAAAAAUCACUAAAUAGUGUAAAAGGUCAUCACACUGAUUCUUUGUAUCUGUCAUAUGAUUCAAGUAUGCAUUCUCCAUUUGAGCUGCAUGGUAACUUGAACUUAACAUUCUGAAUUUUUUUCUUGACAUAACAGUCAGGUUUGGAUAAUCCAAGAAAACAGUGCAGGUAGAAAUAAUGUUUUAAUUUAGUAUGAACAAAUAGAUUUUUACAUGAGAACAUUUUUAAUGACUAUGGUUGCAGUUGAAUUUUUACAAUAAAUACAUACUAAAUA